UCCCCCAGCCCUUGUCCACCCUCUCCCAUGUUUCCCCUUUUCUGCAGGUCAUGGCUUCUGCUUGAAAACGAAUCGAUACACAGAGCCACAAGACACCACCGAUGAGAUGGCAUUACGGUUUGAAGCUUCCUAUCCUGAUGGCCUGUGUCCAGGAUGGAGCAUCAUCCUAAAAGGACAGCCUAGCUCAGAAGCCGAUAAGUUUGAGAUCAAUUUCCUGUGUGAUCAGGACAACAGAAUAGCCUUUCAUUUCAACCCCCGCUUUUCUGAAUCAGACAUAGUCUGUAACUCCUUCCUCACGAACCACUGGGGACAAGAAGAGAGAUGUACAAACUUUCCUUUUGGCACCAAUGAGCCUUUUCAGAUUGAAAUCGAUUCAGACGAUGACAACUUCUAUGUUUACAUUGAUGACACAAAGGUUAUGCAGUAUAAGCAUCGAGUCAAGGACCUGAAGAACAUCACAAAAAUCCAAGUGGUGAAUGAUAUCAACAUCUCCUCUGUGGAGAUCAUGAAGAAACAUUUUUACUAAAAUUGUGAAGGAAUGGAGGCUUAAAUAUUUCCUCUGGGAAGCAUAAGCGAAAAUGAGCCUCUGC